AUGUCACCGGAGGAAUACGUCAGGGUUUGGCCGGAAACAGGCGAUCUUGGAGGAACUGAGCUGACUCUAGCUUUGCCCGGCACUCCGAUAAAGGCACCAGACGGUCGACAAAAGUCCGGAAACAAACGUAGAUUCCACGAGACCGUUGAUUCGAAACUCGGGGAAGGCCACGUAAACAAUUACCACACAAGCAUCACUAAUGACCGAUUGGUGGGGUGGCCGCCGGUAAAGAUAGCGAGGCGGAAAUACGUGAAAGUGGCGGUGGACGGUGCGGCCUAUCUAAGAAAAGUCGAUCUCGAGAUGUACGAUUGCUACGGACAACUUUUGACCGCUCUUGAAAACAUGUUUCAAGCUGUAAUAACAAUAUGUAAAGUGCCGGAGAUGGAGAGAAAGAGAGUGCAUGAUGAGUUUACGGCUACUUACGAGGAUAAGGACGGUGAUUGGAUGUUGGUCGGAGACGUGCCUUGGAUGAUGUUUGUGGAAUCGUGCAAACGUAUGCGUUUGAUGAAAACCUUUGAUGCUAUUGGGUUAGUUCCAAGGUGA